CACAGACACGAUGGUCAUGCAAACGCGUUAACGAAAACUAUAUUAACAUUAAAAUAAAUAAGAAAAAGAAUUCACAUAGUAAACACACUAAAAUAUGCACUAAGCAACGUACUAUACCCAAAGCAACGACCUGUAAAUAAUUGUGUAAAUAAACUAAAGCAUAAACAAACAUCGAGGAGAAACCGCGAAAUACCAAAAGACCGCUCAAGUUCCCAUACAUUGAGCUGGCCAAUUGUGUUUGAAAAUAUUUGUUUGAUCGAUUUCGUGUGUGAACAACACCUUGUGAAGGCAUUUGUAAGACCCAUUGCCAUAGCGAGCAAAGUGUGUUAAACAGGAAAAAAACACCCUCUCAAAAGUUUAUACAUACGUGUAUCUGCAACCCCCUCGAUCGGGUUAACCCACCAACCUGCCACAAGAAAAUAGGGUUCAAUAUAUACACCACUUCCUUUUCAAGUUUCGGUUUUUACGCGCCCGCUGACUAAUUGCCUUUUAUAUAGCCCGACUAUAUAAAACUGUACAAUAGGACACGGCCAACUCUUAUGAUUUUGGAACGCCUCAGUUAAUGCUGGGAAUCGCUUCGCUCUCAAGUGAAGUUCUAGAUACUCGCAGUGAAAACGUUUUUCAAUUGAUUUUCAUUAAGUGAGAAAGCCCCGAGAACGCCUUCUUUUUCGGUUUCUAAUUGAACCCAUAAAAAGUGAACUGCAUUCCAAGUAGAGCAAAACAGUAACCACUUCAUCAUCGCAGUAUCUUCAAGAUUCAGAUGCUGCAUAAUUAGCAUUCGUCUGUGUGCGGAGCAACGAAAAAAGUAGAAGCGGAAAAUGUAUCUCAUACAGACUGUUCAGACCACUUGGCGGCCACAAUUGCCGCUGCCCAGGGAGCUUCAACUGACCAAUGACCGGAACAGCGCCGACGACCAGGAUUCGAAGGUGAUCACAACCACCACGACCACAGCGGACAUCCAUCACCACCACCACCAGGAGGAGGAGGAGGACGAGGAGCAGGACAUGGAUCGGCUGAGGGGCAAUCAGAGCAUCGGAGGAUCCUCGCAACAGCUUUCUGGCAAACAGAAGUGGUCAUUCGGGAGGCUUUUCCGGAAGAAGAAGGAGGCUGAGAGUGCCUCCUCCAGCGAGGAGGAUCGCAAGGCGGGUUUUGUGCCCGCCCAGCGGCAAUCAGCCGGCAAGCCAAAGGGGAAGCAUGGCAAGGGAUCGCGAGGUAGCAGCAAAUUCGAUCACAUCGUGGUGAGUCCGCGGCAAGAGCAGGCUCCACCACAUCCUCCACAACCGCAAAUCGACAACGAGUUCUUCCUGCCCCUGGAGAGUAUACAACCCGAACCCUAUUACCAAAAUCAACCGGGCUACUACCAGCGAUCUAGUAACUCCCUGGACAGGAGAUUACUCCUGCAGCAGCCCCAGGGAAAUGGUUACCAGCCGCAUAAAUCCCGCUCGGCGCAGCGGGGUCCCAAGCCGCCAGGAGCUCACUCCAGCGAAGAGGAGCUGAUCUCGCUGAACUCCUCCACGUUCUCCAAGUACCGCAGCGAUGAGAGCAUCCACUUGGGCUCCGCUGCCGGACAAAGUCGACGCAGUCGAGCGGCUCGCAACGAGCGGUACUACAAGCGAUUGUCCCGUGAUGGCGAACCAAGUCAUGGCGGAGCACCAGUGGUGAGCCACCACCAGCAGCAGCAGCGGUACAAAACCCAGCCACUGCCUUUGUCCAUCUACCAGCCAACGAAUGGCUCCAGUGGCUACGUCCAGUGGCAGCCGCAGCCGCAGAAGAACCUCCAGAAUGCGAUGCAGAGCGAUGGAAAGCGGAGCAUCAGCUACGACAGUCACAUACAUCUGCAGAACUUGAAUGGCAGGAUGCAGAGUAAACCUUUGCCACCACCACCGCCUCCCAGGGAUCCGCUGAGGAGGGUGCACGUGGGCGGAGGCACUGGGCAGAUUGGCUCCAGUUCCGGAGACCUGCGUCCCGUGUCGUACGCCUUCGAUCACAACAGUCGUUGUGCCUCCGACGAUCGCAUUUGGCAGCCACCUCACUACCAGUCGGUGCACUCGCUCAACUCCCAGCCCAGUUCGUCGAUAGUCAGUGCCCCUGUGAGUCAACAGCAGCCGCAUCACAGGAGGUUCAUAACCCGCUCCGAGAGGAAUGCCCAACCCGGCAAGCAAUCUCUGCCGAAUGGCAUUGAUUUCCACUAUGUGGCAGAUGCAACACCGCGCUCCAGAAAGCCCAUACACAUGAUGGAUGCAGGCAGGAUGGACAACACAGGAGUGCCGGCUUCCAGUGGAAUAUUGCGAACCUCGAAGAGUGGACUACCCACGCCGAAUCCCCCUCCUCAGCAGCCUUUGGCCAAGCCGCGUUCCUUCUCCAGCUCGCGGCUAAGUGAAUUAAGAACCUAUCCCAUGCCCAUGUACUCCGAGGUGCAGAAACCCAAAAGAAAUGCGACACCGGCGAAUCCCUCACCCAAUCAGGAUAACAUAGUUUGCGGCAGUCUGCACAUUAAACCCACUCCGGAGCGCGGUAACCAAAACUAUGUGGAGAUUCGCCAUCGGGAUGUGCACAAGACCAACUCCAUGCCGCAUCACUAUCAGAACAGGCGAUCUGGCGAGGAUUUGCCCAACAAGUACGAGGAGUAUGUGGCGGAGAAGAGGGAGCAGCAUCAACAGGCACCUCCGCCAGUUUAUCCGGAACGCAAAAUGAGCUCGACGCCAGCAGUGGCACCAGCAGCACUUCCUGUUUACUUCCCCCGCAAAAAGCCGGCCAACUUGGAGGAGGCCAUCAACGAACUGGAGGCCAUUUACAAGUCUCUUGGACUCACUGAACCAGCGGAGCCCAAACCGGAACCCAAGCUGGAUGUGGUGUCCAAAAUGCGGGUGCCCACGCCCAGUGACUUCGAAAAGUUUGCCUUGGCCCAUGCCGAUGACUACGAGGAUGAGGAUUCGCCAACCGGAGAACCAGAUCCGGUCAGAGAUGAUGUGGCCUUCAGGAACCUACAGUUGGCCAAUCUGCAGCAUCGCUCCUCGGAGAAGCAGCCGCCAUUUGGCAUCCCAGUCGGACCCAUUGUGCCUGCUCCGCAGUCAGAUUAUCUUCACGUGGAGCCAGUGAGAGUGAAGAAGAAGACGGGCUCUCCAGACAUCAUUAAGGAUGAUCUGGCUGUGCGUUCCUUGAGGAAGGAUCCUCCCGGUCCCAAAUCCAGUUUCGUUUACCCCAUGCAAAAGAAGCAACGGGCCAUCCGAACCCAAUCGGCCAACAUAUACAAUCUCAUCCAAAGAGAUGCUGCGAAACCUUCUGGCGGAGAUCUCAAGAGCUACAUGGAGCUGACUCGCAAUCUUGAGAGAGCUGGCAGCAUGUCCAAUUUGCCAGGUGAAGGUGGCAGUGAUACCAAAGAUGUACCCGCCACACUCGAUCUGCUCCGUAAGCUGAAGGCCCAGGAUGAAGAACUGGAUUUGGGUCGGAAGCAUCAUCCGAUACCCUUCAGGCAUCCCAGUCAGGGAGGAGCUAUUGCCCAAUUGCCGGAGCGUUUGUCCAAGGAGGAGAAAACCCCACCUGUACCGGCUCCCCGAAAGAGUUUGUCCCCUGAGCCCAUGUUGGACGAUGCACUCAACAAGAUUGCCCAGGAUGCGCAGGCCAGUAGCAUUAAGCUGAGUCAAGAACUGCAUGAGCUCCGGAAGGAGGCUCUGAUCACAGCCGCCAGGCCCAAGUUGAGUGCCGAGCAACAGAGAAUGGAGGAUGAACUGCAGCAGAUCGAAGCUGUGUCCGAGGCAGCCAAGCGCUGUGGCCAGAUGCUGCUGGAAACCCUGCCCGAUGCGGGGCAAGAGAAUCAGGAAUCGCAGGACAAACCCCUAAGGAAGCUACACAAAGAGGGCAAGCUCAUCCGGGCCAUCGACGAGGUUUCCGAGGCGGCAAAUGCCGUGUGCGAGAAGAUCCUCAAGGACAUUGUGACCACAGAACCACCUGUGGUGGUACAGGAAGCUCUACAGGUCACCCAAACCACAAAGACUGGAGCCGGUGGCGAACAGCUGGUGAUGCCGCAUCUCAUCAAGAAGCUGGAUCCCAUACAAUCCGACAAGAUCGAGCAUAUUGCCCGGCGCUGCAUGCGGCAGUUGAGCGAAUUGGCCAACAAUCCGGACUACGACAACCUGGCCACCUGUAAUAUGAGCAACAACAGCACCAUCAAUGCAACGGGUGGUGCAGCCGCUGAUGCCACUCUCGUUUGUCCCGUUCCAGAGAAUCUCGGCAAGAGCCAGCCGACGACGACGCUCGAGGAGAUUGACAAGAUCAUGCAGGAGUGCGAGCGUCAGGCGAAGAGCAGCAGCUCGAACACGACCACCACCACCGAUGAUCAGCGCACCACCGCCCCCAGCAUGACGAGUGGGAGUGGCAGCGGCAGCGGGAACUUCCCACCCAAUGUGAGCACCACCGCCAGUUCGUUCAGUUCGAGCAGCGACUGUCUGGCCAAGUCGACGAGUCCCUCGCGCGCCAGCCGUCCGCUCUCCUCGAGCAUCACCUCCUUCAAUCCGUACUCCUCCAGCGACUACAUCAAGUCGCAGAGCAGCGAUUACCAUGCACCCAGCACCGAUCCGAUCAAGACAUUUAGCACCACCUCUUACGAGGGCCAGUCCACACCGCAGAGCACCACCAUUAGCACCACCAAUACGAUGAGCACCAGUCAGAGCAAUACGAUCAGUAGCACCACCAAUCCGAGUGCGGAGGAGUCCAAGCCAACCGUCUCCUCGGGUUCGCCACCACCGCUCCAGUUGACGCCGGUGGGUGAGCGGCGGGGCAGGAACCGGGAGAGGGGAGUCUCCUGCUCCUCCACAUCCUCACCAUCGCAGUACAACUCCAGCGAGGAGCUGGCCGCCAUUUUUGGCAUCGAGGAGCAACCGAAACAGCAGCACCGCAGCCGGCUGACACAUAAUGCCACAGAAACCAUUGCGGCCUCAAGUGACUUAUCCACAGCACCUGCCACUGCCAAAACUAGCUGCCAGCCACCUGAGCCACAGAAACCGAAGCAACCGCGACAGCAGCAGACCGCCAAGGACUCGGAGGAUUCCAGUUCGCAGAAGUCCAUCAGUGCCCCGGCCACCCAGUCGUACCGUGGUCAGCAUCCGCACUUCCAUCACCACACCACGCCCGCCUACUACACGGAUCUCCAGCUGAGGAUCCAUACGCCGAACGCAUCGGAUGUGGGGGCGCUGAACGAGAACUAUCGCAGUGUCUACAGUACUCCCAGUACCCAGCUGGUGGAGCAGCGCUCGUUUCCCAGAAGCUCCACGGCCAACAAGGAUCCCCCGCUGCCCAUCAGUAAACCGGCCAGGGGAACGUUUUUUCGUGGCGACUCUGCGUCCAGCGACAGCCACACAAGACUGCGGCGCAGCCAGCUGAGAACCGGCAGCGAGCCGGGACGCUUCUACAGAUACUCUCAGGGAUCUGCGAGCCCUACCAAAGGUGAAACAUCAGGUGGUGAGCCACCCCUCGUCGACAGUCACUCCCCCAACAUCACAUCCACCAAUAGCACCACCACCACCAACAUCAGUAGUUGUAACCCCGUAGAGCAGGCUAGUCCACCAACACCACCACCACCCAGUAGCGUAGCUAAUCCCAGCGGAUCUGGAUCCGGGCGCACCAGCCGGCACAAGCAGCGUUUCCACAGUCGAUCCCGGCGAGCGGUGCGCGUGCGCAGUGAAUCGCGUCCAAUUAGCGCCCUCUACGACAUAAUAUGCAAGGAGAAGAACCUGGACAACAGCAGCAGCAGCAGCAGCAACGAGCAGGAGAGGGGUCAGGAUCGGGAUCAGCUGAAGAAGUCGACGACUGAUCAGGAGAAGCCAACAGCCGACAAGCUGGCGACCUUUUGGCCCCUGCACCAUCACUACCUCAAUCCCCCGAUGAGCAGCGGCAACUCGGGCGGCACUGGCGGCAAUCCCAAGCAGCAGCAACCGGAGAAGCAACUUCACCAGCAAGUACACCUUGUCCAAGGAGCAGCCAAGGAUUUGCCGGCGGGCUGCAGCAGCAGCAGCAGCGAUGAUGAUGAGGGAUCGCUGCGGGCACUGCACUCCACUCGCAAGGUCACCAACCUGCCCAGUGCCAAGGCCACGUCGCUGCCACCGGAAGAGGGGAAUCCGGAGGAGAUUGCCUUGUCCCGGACCUCCUCCAACCGACUGAAUCUGCGAUUGGCCAGGAGUCUAGAGCCCUCGGUCCGUAAUAUCCACACAGCCGCGUCCCAGGAUGUCCAGAGCUAUGAUGCUGGGGAGCCAGUGAAUACGGAGCGCUUGUUUGUGGAGCCCCCCAAGAUACCACUGUCUGCCAUCAGGAACACCCUCUACGACCAUGAUCUGGAGAUUGAAGACUGCGACAGCACCACCGAACUGGAUCGGGGGGAUGUCUGCGAUACCCUGGAACGCUGGAGCCAGGAGCUCGGUUCGGGAGAGCAGCUAAUGAACGGGGCCAAUGGGCACCAUCAAUCGGAUCCCGAGGCAGACCACCACGACCUCGACCACCAACCCGAUCAUCUCGAACACGAUCAGCAGCAUGCACAUCAAUCAUUGCCAGUAGAACCCAAGUCUCAUCAUCAUCAUCAGCACCACCAGGCCACCAAUGCGCGCAGAUUCAUAACGCGCACCACGCGCUCCGCCAGUCGCCAGAGUUCCGCCGGACACUCGCCGCCUCCGCCGCUGCACCGCAGCGACGACUCCUCCAGCAGUUCACCCUCGCCCACCCGCAGAAGGAAUAAACCAGGCGGUGCUCCCACUUCCGGCACUCCCGCCACUGCUGCCACCGAUCCACCAUCCUCGUCAGCGAACGGGAACAGCUCCGCCUAUGAGACGGCAGCCACCACUGUGAUGACCCAUGACCAGCAGCAGCGACAUCCUCCAGUUGAAGUUCCUAAGGCUCUAGCCAUCGAGCCCCAGCAGCCAGAAGCCAUCCUCCUGGAAUCCUGCCACUCUGCAUCUGCCAACCCAGCCAGCCAAAGUCGAGGAAAAGCUGGCAAAUGCAGUAUUAAUUGCACCUACAGCCACAGCAGCAACAACAAUUGCAACGCGAGGCAACGCAACAGCAACAGCAACCACUGCAGCAGCAGCAUCAGCAACAACAGCACUUGCAACAACAAUACUAAGCAGCAACACGCCACGCCCAUGCCGCCCCUAGCUAAUGCCAACAAAGCGCCGUUAAUUGUGCUUAAGACAGCCACAUCUGCAGCAGCAGCAGCAGCAACGUCCAUUGCAGCAGCAACAUCCAGCGGCACGGCAGCAACAUCUGCUGCUGGUUCGCCCAUUAAGCGUCGCAAGAAUCCCCUGUCGCCGCUGCGCCUUGGCAGCCAGUGCCAGUCCACCAUUGCUCCUCCGCAGGCCGUUGCCAGUCCGCUCCUCAGCGGCGGCAGCUGCUCCUCCUCGACCACCUCGCCCCAAUCCUCGCCAGCGGUUCGCACCACCAAGGCGAGUCGCCUCCGCGCUGCGGCGCUUGAUAAAAAGAAGGAAGAGGAGCAGCGCCAGCGUUACAGUUCGCCCGUAUCCCCAAGAAUCCCCUCGAGCAACGGAGGAGCUGCAACCCAUCGGCGUCUCAGCAGCUCGGAGCUGUCGCCCAAGUCGCCAGGUGCUAGUGGAUUCCACUCGGAGCCAGCUGCUUCAGCCAGCUCGGGGAAGAUCUCGGCCAGGUCUGCCUCCCAGCCCGUGGACACCCCACCCACCCAAAGACGUCAACCCCUGGUGGCCGUGGGUUCCGGCGUCUCCAUGAAGCAGAGCCUGAGCGAACUUCACUUCACGGGCGGAGCAGUUAGUCCGCCCAAGGCCACGACGGAAUGCACACUCAGGAUGCGACCACGUAGCUCCACAAUGAGCACCGAGAACACGGAGAACGGGCGACGUGACCACUUGGCUAAUUUGCAGUUGAGUCCGGUGGAAAAGCACAAGAGAACGCCCGAGGUUUCGCCACGUCGUUUGGGAGAUCGCGACAAGUCGGCCAAACGGAAAUCGAAUCUCAAUCGUUCGUUGACCGAGGAAGCCACCAAGGAUGGCGAUGAGGUUGCCGCUUCAACACGCCGACGCCGGCGUCGCGAACUGGGCAUGGCUCGUCCUCUGGUUCCUGGCGGUGAUGAAGCCUUGAGGGAUCUGCUGCAAACGCCGCAGAAAAGUUCCUGCAGCGAGUCCACCAACUCGAUUUCAGAGCCCUACCGUCAGUUUAUACCAGCCGUACGUCAUCCGGAGGUUCCAGUGCGCACCAUGACCGCUGUACUGCCCGCACCACGACCUUUGCAUGCCCCUGUGGCCAGGAGUGUCACACAGAAGUUUAACGAAAGGACCAAAACCGACCUGGCCGAGAUCAAGAAGAUUGCCGAGCAAUCGGAGGUGCAGCAGCAGCCACAGCCUUCGGUGGACGAGAACCAGAAAAUGUCGGCCAUAGUGCGGAGGAAGAGCACGGAUGAGGGUGGAGCAGCUGCUGGGGGAUUACCCAACCAGAAUUCACCACCUGCCCCCAAUCAAAUUGUAUCCAUACUAAAGAAGAAGGAGCACGGUCUGGGCGAUUGCAAUUCCAGUGCCUCGAGCAAUCCUUCGCCAGUGACCUUCUCGUCGAGCGUCAUGGAUAAUCCGCUGGCAGGAGCUGCCCGAUGCAAACGGCAGGGAAUACUCAAAAAGAGAUCGAGCCUGGACGAAUCCCGCUACUACUCGCGAUCGCACUCACCCGAUGAGCGGAGCAUUCUUAUCAAGUCAGCCAGGAGGAAUUCGCUGGAGGAAGCGGGCACUGGAUUGAGUCCAGCUCAGGCCCAUGGAAUCCUCAAGCAGAGCAGCUACGACAGCAGCAAGAGUGAUGGCUGCCCCUCGGCCACGGAGAGCCAGCCGCAUAGCAUCCUGAAGAAAAAGGACUCGCUAUCCACACCCUCGGAUGGCGGUUGCCACAAGCACGUCUCCAUUUCACAGGCUGUGACCUUGGCUGCGGCUGAACUGGCCGCCCAUGAUGGCAUCUCCUUCGAGGAUGGUGAAGAGCACGACAUACGACCCAUCCUAAAGCAGGAGAGCACCUCCAGCGAGGAGGCAGUGCGUCCGCCGAAGCCCAUACUCAAGAAGAAGUCCUUUGGCGAGGCGGAUGAACACGAGAUACGUCCCAUACUGAAGAGCUCUCGCAAGAGCAGUCGCGAGGAGUUCGAUUUGAGUGGCUUGGAGAGCGAGGUCAACGAUUCCCUGUCCUCCAUCCUCAAGACAGACUCGCCCUCGAAGCGUCGAUCGCUGGGUUCCGCAUCUCAAGAUUUGGAGGAGUCCAACACGUCUCCGAGCCUGUUGAAGAGGCGUACCCGCUCGCUGGAGCGUCGCGAUGUCCAGCCCGGGAUGGAUUUGGCAGCUGCACUGGAUGCUAUUGCCACCUCGCAGGCCGCGCCCAGCACACCAGUGGAUUUCGUGACCACACCAUCGAGUAUUUCGGUGGCGGAGAGGAUCAAGCGCAUGGAGAUGCUCUCCACGCCCACUUCCCGUGCGGCGGGCGGGGCCAACAGCAGCUGGGAGUCGCCGUUGCAGGCAUCGUCAUCGGAGCAGGGGGGUCCAGCCACGCCAAGGGUACUCAAGCCCAGUGUCCUGCGCAGGGAUUUGCAGAGGGAGCGCUACAAAACGCAGCCCGUGACCAACGAGGAGAUGAGCUUCUUUAAAGCCAACUCCGUGCCCUUUGACAUCUCGGCCACGUCGGCCUUCAAGCCCACUAAACCACUGGACAUUCGCUUGACGCACGCGCCGCAGCCCCCGCUGAUUUCCCCGAUCACAGGACAGCCACUCAGCCACGUGCCCGCACCCCUGCUGCUAUCCUCGUCGACGAAUUCGGGAGCGGGAACCUCCUUCCGGCUGGCCCGCAGCUCCACCCAGCCGCUGCAGUCGCCCCGCGUUGUCCACCUGGCCAGUGGCGGCGGAUCAUCAUCGCAAUCACCGCAAUCACCGCAAUCCUCGCUGUUGGCACGCCAGCAUUCGGUCAACGAUAGCAGCGUCAAUCUCAGCGAGCAGCUAACCCUGUCCAUCGGCACGGACAGUGAGCACAUCUUCGAGAUGUCCGCCCUGGAGGAGGAUUCGGCCAUUCAGUCGCUGAGCGAUGAGACAGCCGCUUCCGCUUCUGCAAACUCCACCUCCACCGCCACCAACAACACCGCAACCACCACCACCACAACACCGCCGAGUGGCUUAACGCGGAGCAACAGCGUCCGAGCCCGGGCUAAUAUGUUCCAGCAACUGCAGGAGCAGUCGCGCAAUCAGCGGGCAACGGGAGGCUCCCGUCAAUCUCCACCAGCUUCGGCGGAAGUUUCUUCGACUGCAGCCGACAACUCCAUGCAAAGUGAUGAGCUGUCCACGCCAAAUGCAACGAUAGAUGCGGAGUUCGGAAAAACCACCGGGGAACCUCUUAAGAGCAUUCUUAAGAUGGGGAAACCCAUGCUAGGCAUGGGACGCGGCCUAAUGCCCGUGGAUCUCAAUGCUGAGCUGAAGAAUCGUUUGAAACGCUCCACUCAUGCCACAGUUUCCAAUCUCCGCAAAUCUGCCACCACGGCAGAUGCCACUAGAGGCACUAGUGAUGAGGUGGACAAUCCGCAACGGAAUUUAGCCCAGAUCCUGAGGAAUGUGUCCAAGGAGAACUCCACGCCAAAGCACGACGAUGCCGUGAGUCUGGUGAGGAAUCUCUCCACCCUGGGACAACCUCGAUCGGUGGCCAGUGAAGAUGCAGCCGGGAAUUGUGCCUCGGCUUCGGAGGGCGAGAGUUCGGGGGGUCGCGAGAUCGAGGCCAUUAUCAAGAACAGUGCUGUGGCCAGACGUCGCCGGCAGCAGCAGCAGCAGCAACAUCAGCCAGAUGGUAAUCUCGUUGCGAAAAGCAAGAGUCACUCGGGCAUCGCAGCACCCGUCGGCCUUGGCCCCCAGCUACCACCCCUUCCCCUCGGCGGCGGCUUCGUGAAGUUGCGUCAUGUAGCCAAGGAGGAGGAGACCAGCAGCAGCAGCCCAUCCUCCGCCAAGGAAUCGCCAGAUAAGCACAAGGACCCCAGUCAGGAGCAGGAAGAGGCUUCGGGAGACUCAGCCCAUCCGACCGCUUUGCCACAGUUUCUUCAAGGCGUCCAACGAUCGUCAACCGAGGUCAUGGGCCCCGAUCAGCGGUCCAUGGUGAUCGCGAAGACCGGCUCCAUCGCGGAGCGUCUGGCGGCGCUGCACAAGAGUGGCGAGGACGACUGGAAGAAGCGCAUCUCGAAGCGCGACGAAGUCGACGAUGUGCACCGCGAAAACUUCGUAAACGAAUCGCUAUCUCUGGCCCACUCGCUGUCGGACAAGCCACUGCCCCCAUCACCCUUGAUACCCACCAGCUUGGAGGGCGGCAAGGUCUCGGAUCGCUUGAGCAAACUCAAGUGCAACUCGGAGAACUGGAAGCAGCGCAUCGAACAAACCGAUGCCAAGAAGUUCACAGUCGCCGGCCGACUGCAAAAGAAGGCCCAGUCCCCCGUGGAGCUUCAGUUCGAGCGCUCCGCCAAUGAUGCGGCCAAGAAGUGCCCCAUGCUGGAGGUGCGCAGCGCCAACCAGCCGCAGCUGGGUCUGGCCAAGAGCCCCUCCAUGAUGGUCACCUCCAGUGCGAACAGAACCAGCAGCACCACCAACAAGCCUACCCUCCGCAGCCUGAGUGUGAAUCCCGAGGAGGAGGUGCCCAACUUGAGUCGCUCCAACAGCAGCAGCUCGGAAUCGGACGGCGAUCGCAGCUCCCCGCAGAAUGCCAAGCAGAACAAGGAGCUGGCCAACAAUAAGAGUGCCGCCGCUCCCACCAAUGUGGGCGCCAGGAUUCAGGUGCCCCGCCUGGACGACCAGGAGACCUUCGAGAACUUCUUCGCCUCGAAGCCGAAGAAGGAGGAGAACGUGGAGCUGGAGAUCAGCGCCUUCGAUGACAUCAAGCCCACAGAGCGUUUGGUGAGCAAGCGCCACGUGCAGGGUCCCAAGGGACGACGCGCCGCACGCAAUCCUCUCAAGAGUUUGGCCGCUCGUGAGGACAUUAGUUCGGAGUACACGGAAAUGAGGACUGGCAUAGCUGAGCGGGAACUGCGACGCCUCAAGCUGGAGUCAUAUGGCCAUAAUGCCAAUCUGGCUGCCGAGGCCAUUGCCGGCCUGGCCUCCAUUGAGGACUUCAAGUCGGUGGCCCUGCGCUCCUCGUCGAUUCCCCUGCAGCAGAUGUGGCUGCCCCACAAGCCGGUGAUGCUGCUCCAUGUCAAGGGACGCACCCAUGUGCAAACCCGAUUGGUGGAUCCCGUGCACACCUCCCUGAAUCGCGGUGAUUGCUUCAUCCUGGUCGCCGGAUCACAGCUAUUCCGCUACGUUGGAUCCUUUGCCAACGUCAUUGAGAUCUCGCGCAGCAAGAAGAUUUGCGCUGCCAUUGUGGAGAACAAGGAUCUGGGAUGCACUGCCACCCAGGAGGUCAUUCUCACAGAUGGCAAGUACUUGAAGGAGCGGCAGUGGCGUCAGUUUUGGCAGCUUUUGGGCAAGAAGGAGGAUGACUCAUCGGAGAUAGCCGAGUGCGGUCAUGCGGACGAAGAUGAUGUGUUCGAGAGCAGUCUGAUUGAGACCAACAAGAUUUACGAGUACCAGGAUGAGGCUCUCAUUCCGAUGGAUAAGUUCUGGGGCUGCAUCCCUAAAGUGGACAUGUUGGACACCCGAAAGGUCUUGGUCUUCGACUUUGGCAGCGAGCUGUAUGUGUGGAAUGGCAAGAACGCCCCUUCGGAUGCCAAGCGUGCUGCCAUGAGAUUGGCUCAGGAACACUUUGGUGCUGAGGAUUCGGCGGACUAUGCCGAAUGCUAUUUGAACCCGCUGAACUACGUUUCCAUUGUGGGUCGCCGUGAGAACGCCAAGUAUGCCAAGAGGACGGCGCAACGGCCUGAGUGGUGUGUUCUCGGCAAGAUCACCCAGAACAUGGAGACGGUGCUGUUCAAGGAGAAGUUCAGCGACUGGCCAGAGCUGGAGCGCGAGGAUCUUGAAAAGGACUACCUGUCGAAUGGGGUCCAUGUGGUGCGCGCCCUGAACGGAACCGCCUUGCACAAGGGAGAACCCUACCAGGAGCCGAAUCUGGUGCUGGAGCAGGCCAAUCUGGGUCGCGGCAAUUUCUACUAUGACACCGAUACCAUGCGGCACUUUGAUGUGAUCACCAAGUCCACGGACAAGUGGCAGAUCCACGAGUUUAACUUCGAUUCGGCCAAUAACCGCGAGGACUACGGUCACUUCUACUCGGCGGAGAGCUACAUAGUGCGCUGGAUCUACCAAAUUUCGGUAACGGUUCGCGAACUCAGUGGCAAGGUAUCGAACAGGAGCACGGUGGGUCGCGACAGGUGCGUAUACUUCACCUGGCAGGGCCAGGACUCCAGUGCCAACGAGAAGGGUGCAGCUGCCCUGCUCACCGUGGAGUUGGACAAGGAGAAGGGCGCCCAGAUGCGAGUUUCCCAGGGCGAUGAGUGCACAGCCUUUGUGCGCCUGUUCCGACAGAUGUGGCAGCAUCGUGGCCGCAAGGAGCAGUGUCUGGAGAGGCGUAACCAGUGGAGACUCUACCAGCUGCAGGGUAACGUCAGCGAGGAAACCCUCCUCAAGGAAGUCGACUGCAAGUCCAGUCAGCUGCGUUCCCGCAGCUCCAUGCUGUUGAUCCAUGGCAGUCAAGGAGAUGUAAUUGUCUGGCACGGAGCGAAGAGUGCUCCUCACACUCGCACUGUGGCCUUGGAGGCUGCCCGGGAACUGAUCAAGGUGGUGCCCAAGGAUCUCUUCAGCAGCGAAACUGCCAGCCUAAUGGAAAUGGAGGAGGGUUCCGAGGACGAGGAGUGCAAGAAGGCCUUGGGAUUAAAGGAGCCAAGGGAUGACUACGACAGCCUGCUGAAGGCCACCAAGUCGUUUGAUUAUCAAGUAAGGAUCUUCAACUUCUCCAGCACUCAAGGGGUCUUCAAGGCCGUGGAACUGAGCGACCCCCUGCGCUGUCAGGACCUGCACAGUCCGUAUCCCUUCAGUCAGGCUCAGCUGUACAAUGCCAGGCAGCCGACGAUCUUUUUGCUGGACGAUGGCGACGAGCUGUGGCUCUGGAUGGGAUGGUGGCCCCUAGAGGACGUGAAGAUUACCACCGAUGAGCGUAGCAGUCCCACCAACGACAACCGGGCUGGAGUAAAUCGCUGGAUCUCAGAGCGACGCGCUGCCCUCGAGACAGCCGUCGACUAUUGGCGUGCCAAGCACGGCGAGAACGACAAGGAGCCCUUCCAUGGCAUCAAGGGUCAGGUGGUGUGGGCAGGCCUGGAGCCACUGGCCUUCAAGGCACUCUUUCCCGACUGGACGGAGCGUCCGGAUGUGAGGGAGAUCAACGAAGAUGAUGGACGAACUGAUGCUUCCGUAACCAUCGGCACAAUGCUGGCACAAAUGACACAGACCGAGUAUCCGCUGGAGGUCCUUAAAGCACGUCCCCUGCCCGAGGGAGUGGAGCCCACGCGGCUGGAGGUCUACCUGAAUGCAGAGGACUUCCGGACGGCACUGGGCUGCAGCCGGGCGGAAUUCGAGCAGCUGCCCAUCUGGAAACAGACCAAGCUGAAGAAGGAGCGUGGGCUGUUCUAGGAGAGAGGCACAAUGCAAACUUAUAGACUUGAACACAAUCACAAAACACAAACCAAUCACUUUUCUAAGCACUUUUUGUAGGCGGCGAUGCUUUUGCAGCGGACACAGACAGAUCUGAACUAUCGUAUUCUAUAGGCCUAUAUAGUAUAGCAUAUACACACGUGCGCAUAUCCCCAUGUACUCUCUAUUUUACACAUAUUACAUAGCCUUUAAAUAUGUAACGACUAUUAUACAAGUGCACGAUGCCAGGCAAUAAAUUUCAACUCGCUUCAUUCGAUAGCUUUUCGGAGUUUGAAGUUCUUCGAUUUUACCUGUACAUAAUAUUAAGUUGAGUUGUUUACCACUAUUUUAUUUGAUAUUUCAUCGAUUUAACAAAAUUGCAUUUGUUCAAUCUCUGCAAGCACCAAAAAAAAAAACAACGAGUCCUAUCGAUUUAUCAUUGUUUUCAAUUCGAAAUCAUUUUGUUAGCUUUAUUUUCCUAAUUUUAUAACUAUGUAUUUGUGUUUUUUAUUAUGUUUAAAACUAUUGCGUAUAUUUAAUUUGUAUUAAAUAACAUUUUAUUGUA